AUGGCACAAGUGCUAAUACGCAGGGAUUAUAAACUAUCAAAGCUGCCUUCUUUAAAACCCCCCAGAAUGGGAAUGAAUGGGCGGGCAAUGAAUAGCGGAAGAAUUGUUCCCUUUUAUAACUGUCCCUCAAAAAGGCUUUCAGCGCCUCUUUCCCCUUCAGCUGAACUCUGUAAAAGUACUAGGUGUUUAGGCGUGAUCAUCAAUCCGUGCCCGCAACGAGGCUGUCCUUUUGACGAUCAGCUCUUCUCUUGUAAUUGAUACAGCGCACAAAACCUGAUUCACUGCGCCUUACCCCUGUAAGCUCGACGAUCAACACUGGCGCCAAUGCGAUAUCAACACCUCGACCUCUGCCACCACCAGGUCCAACCUACAACAGGCAGCAUCUGAUCUGCUAGUGGACACCCACAACAGGGUGGGCAAAGGAAGGUUAUUCCUUAGGAGAUUUCGACCAGACAGAUACGCUUGCAGCGUUGCAAUUGCAAUCGCUACAUGAAGAUCAGCUGUGUGUAACUUACAGCAUGCCGCUUGUUGACAAGUUGUCACGGAUCUUGAUAAGAUAGUGCCGCUCAGUUCCUUCACCCGGUCACCUGUACCUCUUUAACCUCUUGCUUCCUGGAACCAGUUUGUCCCUGUACAAAACCAAUGGGAAUCCCAGACUCCAGUCAUCAACGAAUUUCCUUUAUAUCCAGGGAUUGCCUAACAGACUAUAGUGUUUUAUCAUACCCCGUCUUAUGAUCUCAUUCCCAUUUGUGGCUUAUGUUUUCUCACUCAUCUCGAUCGCCUUAUGAGGAUAUAAUGGAUUAUUACAUGGAAUGUGAUGAUCCGGCCACUCAGUCGCUACAGAUCAAGUCGGAGCCUCCCGACACCGGCUACGAGAUGCUCGCCCAGUCGACGGGUAACCCCUUCUCACAAUCCCCCACCCUCGUCUCCCCGUCCUCCACCUCGACGUUACCCUCCCUCACGAUGAAAGAACAGUCAUCGCCGCAGUCGAUAUCAUCGGACGGCAGUACGGGGCCCUCUGGUGUCAAGAAGAGGAAAGGUCCGGCGCCGCGCAUGGACUUGGAGCUGUGUUUAGUGUGUGGAGAUAGGGCGUCGGGGUUCCAUUAUAACGCCCUCAGCUGUGAAGGUUGCAAAGGUUUCUUCCGAAGAAGUAUAACCAAGAAUGCACAGUAUAAAUGUACGAGAGGAGGCAACUGUGAAAUGGACAUGUAUAUGAGAAGAAAAUGCCAAGAAUGCAGGCUUAGAAAAUGCAGGGAAGUCGGCAUGUUAGCAGAAUGUUUGUUAACAGAAGAACAAUGUAAAUCAAAACGGCAGAGGAAGAUGAUGAAGAAGCAGCAGCAGAUCGACCAGAGUCCGCAACAGAGCGAAGAGGAGAGCAUUCCGCUUCUGACCGACGAACAGAGAGAGGUCAUCGAGAAUCUUGUCAGCAUACACAAAGAGCUGGAGAUUCCUGGACCAGAGGACCUCAAGCAAGUCAUGCCUUGGAAAGAAGGCCAAGGUCAGAACUCACAAGCCAACGGUUCCAAGUCAGUCCAGGCUUCAGAUAUAUAUGAUGCAUCAAAUCCAUUACCAGGGCUGAUGCCCGUGUUAAACCCCAAGAAAUCGUCAGAGGACGGAGACGGAGAUGAGCUUGAUGAUCAGGACAACGAUGCUCUUCAUCUUCGUUUCGCUCACAUUACAGAACUCACCAUCCUAACCAUUCAGCUCAUUGUGGAGUAUAGCAAACACAUACCAGGUUUCCUCACACUCAAGAGGGAAGACCAAAUAUUACUUCUAAAGGGCUCUGCCAUUGAAGUUAUCAUGCUCAGAGUAGCCCUGAGGUACGACCGCGAGCUGGAUGCCAUCAUGUUCGGCAACGAGAUGCCGUACACACGAAAGCAGCUUCUUGAAGGCGGUAUCGGGGACCUGGUCGACCCCAUGUACAACUUUGCCAAGAGUAUGUCAGAGCUGGAGCUGGACUAUGCAGAGUUUAUUCUUCUAAUGGCAAUCACGAUAUUAUCACCAGAUCGGCCAGCCAUCAUCGAGCGAGAGCGAGUGGAACAGAUGCAGGAGACAUACCUGGACAUGUUGCGUUCGUACCUGAAGCUACGGCGCCCUCACGAGGUCCUUCUCCUCCCCAAAGUUCUGAUGAAACUGACAGAACUCCGAAGUCUAAACAAUAGCCACUCGGAGCUCUUAUUCCAACUCAAAGUGAAGGAUCAAAAGAUCCCGCCCCUCCUCCAAGAGAUCUGGGACGUGAAAUGACAUCCAUAGCCGUUCUUGUUAUUCUUGCUGCCAAUCUUGUGGACCUCCUGUUCCCUGUGUGACUCAAGGAUCAAGAGAUCCCGACCCUUCCCUAAGAGAUCCCAGUCCUACCCCAAGGGGCAUUGGAACUGACAUGACAGCCAUUUCCCUUGUAUCAUCAUCCACAUCUCUGCCAAUCUUUAAGAACUCUGAACCUAUCUCGCCAAUCUUCCUACCCACGUGACCGUCUUGACGACAAGUGAUGUACAGAAUCCGCAAAGUCGUACAACCCUUAAGAAUGUAGGCAUUGGAAUGACAGCCAUAUCAUCAUCCACAUCUCUGCCGAUCUUCAAGAACUCUGAACCUGUCUCGCCACUCUUCCUAUCCAUGUAGCCAUCUGUAGUGCGACCAAGACAACCAGUGUACAGUAUCCACAAACUCGUGCAACCCUUUAGAAUGUUCCUGUCCUGUCCUGUGCCCUUUGAGAAUUCUUGAUAUGGAAACAAGGUAUAUAAAAUGCUGCCAAUCCUUAAAUGGACAAAUUUGGUAUGUCUUGGUGUGUAAUCUUAUAGGUGUUAGUACCAGUUUGAGUAUCCUUCCGUCUUAAUUCUGCAAUGCAAGCGCUCUAGAGGUCUAUGUUUACCAGGAAAUCUUGUGGUGGCAUCUGAAGGAUUGUGAAUAGGAACAAACUGCUUAAUCUAAACGGGAUCUUCUUGUGGAAUGGUGCAUCUUCUGUAAUAUAUGGAAUAAUGUUGAGAUUGAUUGGGAAAUAAUGUAGGACGCCUUCCGGCUCUGUCAGGUAGUAUCCACAACCUCGAAGUCCACUGGUGACAGAUCAACCUGAUGCACAUCAAGGAAUAAUGCAUAUUUUAGAGUGGAACUACUCUAAAGUAGAUCAGAGAGGUCUACUAAUGCUGGAGCAAGGAAUACUCUGGAAGUUCGUUGAGACGAUGGAAAGCGGGAAGUGAUAUUGAGAGCUUCGCAUCCAAGACAAAUCAGUGAAUGGACGUCACUUUUUUUGUAGUUCAAACCCUCUUAAGAGAUCCUGGACUUCAGGUGAUCAUUGAUAUCACAUUGAGCUCGUGCUUUCGUGAUUAGAUCUUGUAAGGCAAACCCAAAUCACGUUGCGAGAGAGUUGUGUCAGACGCACAGUUGUCUGAUCUAAUUGAAUGGCUCUCCAAACAGUUCCAUUUUAUAGGGUAAAGCAAGAAAUUUGCAUUAAUUUUAAGUCAAAUGCAAAUCACAAAAUCAAGAAUAAUUUGGCAUUACAAGAUAGUUGAUUAGGUUUCACAUUACACCAUGUAUCUUUCUUGGGCAAGCGUUGGUCCUCUAAAGGACCAUCCAAACUUUCCAGGACCAUCACUUGCCCAAGAAAGAUACAUGGUGUACCUUGAAACCUACUACACUCUUCUACUUCGCCGUGGAAACCUUCAGAUGUUACAUCGAAAUUUCAGUUUUACUUACAUGUAAAUGAGAAUCAGCUGCAAGUUUGUCUUAAUAAUGUAAGGACUUAUUCUUAAUUCUUAAGAUUUGCACUUGAUCUGGAAUUAAACGCAAGUCUAUCGCGAUACCCUAUUGGAUCUCGCAAUUAGGGAACCAGGCAAAUAAUUAUGAUUAAAUGGAUUUGUAAAAGGCGGAGCAGAUGUAGACUCUCACAAAGCAUUAUGGGUAAACUUGUAGAAAGUCGGUUCAACUGUGCGUGUUUUACUGCAGGAGACGGGCUAAAUUAUAGACAUUGACAUCUCACUGAAAUGUUUGUUUUCAAAACCAUCCUCUUAUUACCAGAAAUUUUCAUCAUAUAACCAUGACAAAAAAAUAUUUUUAUACAUUUUUGCAAGAUGCAAGAUUUCUCAUUUACUUCCUAACGCAGUUGAAUAAAUUUAACUUGUAAAUGCUUGAUACUUAUUUUUAAUGCGCGAAUUCAGAUUAUUUCAGUUCUACCCAAAUUUUUGCAUUUUUCAGAGGUAAUAUUUUUUCCUAGGUAUAUUAAAAAUAGCUCUACUUUUCUAGGCAAUAUAAUAAAUCCAAUGAGUUCCAUGUACAUUUAGAUAUUUAAUGUAAGAAUCAUAAAAAUGAAUUAAAACAAAAAUUUUUGUGCCAAUACUGUUUCUCCUUGUGUGAGGCUACAAUUCGAUGUCUGCCUAGAUUCGUUAUUUUUAAAUUUUCAAAUUAUUCCAAUAAGAAAUGAGCUGUAUAUUGAGCUUUCUUGUCAUUCAAGGGUUAUUGUAUGUGUUUUCUGAUAGAGAAACAUGCGUUUGAUAUAGAUAUUGGGAUUAUAUAUUAUCUGAAAUAAACUUCUUAUCUCUUAAGAAUAGAGAAAGAAAAUCCUCGUGCAGGUGAAGGAAAAAAAAUGAAUGCAAGAAAAAAAUGUGUUUGCAAAUUGACUUGUAUAAAAGGAAAAUGAAAUACUGUUUAGAUGUAAGUAUUUUUCCAGUGUGAUUUUGUGAGCUAAAAAAAUAUAGUAUGAUGUAGAUUUUACUAUUCAUGAAGGUAAUGUAGAGAGAAAAGCAGGGAUGGAAUUGAUUGGCUGUUUUCAGGCCAGAACUCUUGAGAGAGUUUUUUUUUUGUAGAUGCAGCAAGAAGUAUAUAGCAUUAUCGACUAAUAAUACUAAUGAGAAUAAUAUUGAAGAAACAGCUGUUUUUGUAUACUAGUUUGGAGCCACUAGAAGUGGUGCUUGUGUUGGUCUGUGUACAUUGUAAAUAUUCUUGACUGCAAACAGUUAACCACCUAGACUUGAAAUCCAGUUGUUUUUCCACCUAGCACUUUCGUGCUUCCAGACUCUACAUGGACAUUGAUUUGACAAAAAAAAAAUUAAGGAGUUGUGUGAAGGAUUUUAUGUGUAAAUGUAUAUGUUGUAUUUUAGGUUCAGAAUAUUUGUCUUUGUUACGAUACAGAGGAGAUCAGUUUUAUCAUGCGUAUUAUUUCUAUUAUUUUCUUCUCACUCUUGGGUCGAUUGUAAAUGUUAAAAAUAUGUGUAUCAAGAUUUUGAUUUUUUCCCCCCGAUAUGGUAUGAUUUUUAACAGAUUCUGUAUGAAAUUUUGUAGUAUAGGAUUUUGUGUAAAAUGAGAGUGAGAGACAGAGAGAGAGAGCGAGAGAGGGUGGGGGGUAGAAUGUAAUGUUAUAACAUUAUUUCUCUUUGAAGAUAUAAUUUAUUUUAUUAAUCAUGCCUCUGGCCAACUUAGAGUUCGACCUACUAUCAUAUGCUUUAAUCAUUUUAUCAGCCGACCACUAAUACAGAGUUGGACAAUAGAGGGCAGCCUUCCUCUUGAACUGCAAAUGCUCAUACUAAGAUGAACAAAGUUUCAUCUUGCUUCAAUAGAAAAUGGACUGGGAGUUGACGAUUCCUAUUUUUUGUUUGAUCAUACAAUUUGCAUUAAUAUGAAAACUCAUUUUAUGAGAAAUAU